GACACCCACAUAGAGGAGGGGGUGCGAGACAGACUGGGACUGUGGGAGGAAGGGUCGAAGGGAUAAGGGAGGGGGAAUCCAUAGUCCAUAGUUGAGUAGCAGUUUUUUCCAUUGCAAUCGAAUGCUUCAACUUCUUCUACACAAUCUCCAAUCUAACAAGCAGCGCAUCAAACGGGUUCAUUUCAUUGUCCCCCAAUUCACUCCUUUUCUACCACAUUAUUCUCUGUUCUCCUCAGUUCCUGUUCAUCCUUCGCGUCGAUCUUCUCCAUCAGCUAUAAAACCCACUAAUAUCCAUCCAAUUCCGAUUAACUUUCGAGGCAUUGCCAAAGAUGUGAUACCGGAUUGUUCUUAUCUCUUUGGUUGCAGCAGCGGUGAGACUUUGGCCAACUCUUCUCUCAAAUAUUUCAUUUUUAGGCUUUCUUGUAUCUCCCCAGAAACUGUUCGCAGAUUUUGGAGAGUUCAUCCGUUAAAACCUCAAGAUGUUCUUGAAAUUCUUCUGGGUUUUCAAUGUGUCAGCAAUAAUUUUUGGCUUGAGGCUGAAAAGAUUGAAUCUUUGUGGGGGAUUUUUAGGCGGGCAAGCCAGCAGAGUAAGGGGUUUGAGCAUCUUUCUCAAUCUUACAAGAUCAUGGCCUCCAUGCUUAUCCGGGCCGGGAUGUUUGAGGAGGUUGAAUGCUUGCUUUCCAUGGCCACAAAUCAGGAAGUUCUCUUCGAUAAUCAUGAAAUUUUCAGUAAUUUGAUUCAAGGGUAUGUGGGUGAGCUCCAUUUGGAGAAGGCUGUUGCAAGUUAUGAUAGAAUGAGGAUUCUAGGCUUAGUCCCAUCAUUGUCAUGCUAUGAACUCCUUCUCAAGUUCUUGGUUCAACUAAAUGUGACCCAACUGGCACCUCAAAUUUUUGCGGAUGCUAUAACUCUAGGUAUGGGAAGGACAGUAGCACAAGGGCACAUUUAUGGGAGUGUUGUUAGGCUUUUGUGUGCAGACGGUAAAGUUCAGGAUGCUAGAAAUCUUGUCAAGAAAGUUCUAACUCUCGGAAUUAAGCCCAGCAACUUAGUUCUCAAUGCAAUGGUGACUGCGUACUGCGAGAAGAGGGAUUAUGAUGACAUACUUAGUUUCUUUGUCGAAGUAAGAUGUAUCCCCGGUGUUCAUGUAGCCAACAAGAUCAUCCAUUCUUUGUGUACAUAUCUUGGUUCACAGUGUGCCAACUCAUUCCGCCUGAGGCUGGAAGAAUUGGGUUUUUGUUCCAAUGAAAUAACCCUCGGAAUUUUGAUUGGGUGGAGUUGCCGAGAGGGGAAAAUCAAAGACGCGUUCAUUUAUUUUAAUGAGAUACUGUCAAGACGUCUCAAGCCACAGGUGUAUUCAUAUGAUGCUCUUCUGAGCGGGCUCUUCAAGCAGGGUAUGUGGAAGCACUCUCAAGAAAUUCUCUACGAAAUGAAAGAAACCACAGAUGGGCUCCAACUGUCGACUUUCAUGGUUCUUUUAGCAGGUCUUUGUAAAGCCAGGCAAUUUGAGGAAGUUAAAGCCGUAGUUUUCGAGAUGGCAGACUGUGGUUUCAUCCAACCAACACCUCUGGAAGAUCUACUUAGCAAAGUGUUUACACUUCUGGGACUUUGCCCCACUGCUGUGAAGAUACGGAGAGACAGUGAGUUGGGAUAUUCUGAGGCAGAAUUUUAUGAUAAACUUGGAAAUGGACUUUAUCUGGACACGGAUCUCAAAAAGUACGAGGCUGCCAUGACAAAAGUACUUGAUGAUGCCAUGCUUCCUGAUUUUAAGUCCCAAAUAUUGAAGAGUAUCCAGAGUAAAAGCAUCAAAGAAACUGUGAUAAUGGUGGGCAAUAUGGUUAAUUGGGGGCAAGAGUUUUGCUUUCCUUUGUUCUCAACAUUAGUCAAAGGUUUUUGUGAAGGCCGUGCGAAUUUGAAGACGGUUAUCCAUCUGUUUGAGGAAAAUCCUAAGUUCAACUAUCAUCAGCUUGAUCAUGAAACAUUAAAUACUCUAGCUCAGACUUUUGGCAAAAAAGGUUUGGUGCAAAGAGCCAGAAUAAUUGUAAAUGGGAUGCUACUGAGGCGUCAAAAUGUUGAGAAUCGAACACAUACUAUUCUUUUAAUUGGGUUAUGCAACAAGGGUGAUGGAAGAGCUCUAGCCAACUAUUGGCAUGUUGCACAAAAAUAUAACUGGUUUCCUGACAUAAAAGAUGGCAAGACUCUUCUCCAUUGCCUAUGCCGACAUGGAUUUCAUGGCAAAGCUCUAGAGCUAUUUGAGGCCAUGCUAGUGCACCACCCUCAUAAGGACUUUGGUUGCUUUAAUGAGUUGCUUGAGCAGCUUUGUGCUUUUGGGUUCACAAACACUGCACAUGUUUUACUCAAGACACUUGCAGAUCGUGGCUACAACCCGGAUCAUAUGUCUUAUGACCUUCUUGUCUGCAGCUUUUGCAAAGAAAAGAAAUUUUCCAAAGCUCUUUUGAUAUGUGAGACUAUGCUUGCUAAGAACUUCACUCUUCCCUUGGAGGCCUCUGUCUUGUUAAUUCAAUGGCUUUGCAGGAAUGGAAACAUUGGGAAAGCUGUCUUUUUGAAAGAUAGUUUCUCAAGAGAACAACCCUCUGCAUUGCUUUAUGUGCACAGAGCUCUAAUACAUGGUUUAUGCCAGUCUGGGGCGGUAGGCAAAGCAUCAAGCCUCUACAAAGAGUUGCAUAUGCAUGGCCUUUCACAUGAUAAAGAAGUGUAUAAUUCUCUAGCCCAGGGUUACACAAAAGCUAAAAACUUCAAGAAAAUUGGAGAGGUGCUUGGUGUCAUGACCCGAAAGAACAUGGAUCUCACAGCUGCAAGUUAUCGGAAUUUAUUGAGCCUUAUGUUUGCAGAAAGCAAGCUCUGUCUUGCAUUGAGCUUGAAAAAACUUAUGAUUUCUCAGAAGAACCUUCCACCUACACUGAUAUAUAAUAUACUGAUUUUCCGGAUGUUCUCCGCGGAUAAAGUCUCAUUUCUGAAUACAAUUUUACAUGAAAUACAAUCAAAGGGAUUGCUACUUGAAGAAGUCUCUAACAAUUUUCUCAUACAGGGGUUCUCCCAGUGUAAAGAUGUGACAUCUUCCUUACAAUAUCUGAAAGACAUGAUGCAAAAAGGUCUGAGGCCAAAUAACCGUAGUCUUAGAGAGGUUAUAAAGUGCCUUUGCUGCAAUGGGGAGCUUGAAAAGGCUUUUAACUUGAGCGAGGAAAUGGAAUUGAGAGGUUGGAAACUGGGUUCAGUCAUUCAGAAUGCUUUAGUAGAAGGCCUUCUUGCUCGUGGCAAACUCAGUGAAGCAGUACAGUUGAUGGACCGUGUAGAACUAAAAGACCUGAUUCCAGGAAACAUAAACUAUGAUGUUCUUAUAAAGAGGUUUUGUCAGCAUGGAGAAGUAGACAAAGCAGUGGACCUUCUGAACAUAAUGUUGAAGAAAGGGAAUAAUUCCCCCCCGGACAGUAGCAGUUAUGAUUACAUAAUCCAGUGUUUUUGUUCUCAUGACCUCUUGGAUCAAGCUCUGGACUUUCAUGCUGAAAUGCUAUGCAGAAGCCAUACAGCAAACAAAAACACUUGGAGUGCACUUGUCCAAUGCUUGUGCAGGGGACAACGAGUUGCAGAGGCAGAAACAUUGCUUGACACAAUGGUUCAGAUGGGCGAGACCCCAAGCAGGGAAAUGUAUUCCGCUGUGAUUAAUGGGUAUCGCUUUGAGAACAAUUCGAUCAAGGCGUCCCAAGUUUUACACAGAAUGCAGCAAGAUGGGUAUGAGCCUGACUUCAACACCCACUGGGCUCUAAUCUGCAAUUUGAGCCGUUCCAGUGGUAAAAACAAAUCUGAAGGAUUUUUAUCAAGAUUUCUUUCUGAUGUUGGAUUUUCUCGGAAUAACCCAAAUGCGAAAAAGGGGUGAUGUUAGAGUCCUUUGUGUUAAAAGUGCUUCCGUAUCAAGAUUGCGCACAUGGGGUGCAAAUUAGAAAAUUUGAACAUAUAUCUGAAUUAGGACCCAUAGAAAAUAUGAUUUUUUUUAUUUUUGUAACUUUUUCCAUCAUCUACGAUGGAGCCAAAAUUUUGCCAUUUUUUGGCUUUGGGAUGUGAUGGAAUAAAUUAAAAUGGAUCUC